AUGGAGUUUGAUAGUGAGGAAAAGGCAUAUGAUUUUUACAAUACAUAUGGUGGUCGAAUUGGUUUUAGCAUCCGGAAGGAGUAUGGCAAUAAAGUUAAUGGAAGAAUUACAUCGAGGGCGUUUGUUUGUAACAAGGAAGGUGUGAAGGGGACUGACAAAUGGGAUGUAUUUAAAAAGACUCCCCGGGCUGAAACACGAACCAAUUGUGGUGCACAAAUGCGACGAAUUUCCUCAGUCCAAGCCAUUGAUGUUGAGUUGGCUUCGGAUUUAGGAGUUCCGGCUUGUAAUGCAUAUGAGUUGAUGGGAAGGCAGUCUGGUGGCAAAGAAUCAGUUGGGUACUUGAAAGUGGAUCUUAAAAAUUAUCUAAGGACGCGAAGACAAAAGGAGCUUCUUUAUGGAGAGGCGGCAUGGCUUGUGUAUUAUUUUGAGACGCAUGGUUGUGAAGAUCCUUCGUUAUUUUAUUCCUUGCAACUGGAUACUGAGCAAAUUAUUACAAACAUAUUCUGGUCAGAUUGUAAAAUGAUCAUUGAUUAUGGUCAGUUUGGAGAUGUUAUCAGUUUUGACACAACGUACAAAGUGGUACACGGCAACAGACCAUUUGCAAUUUUCUUGGGUAUGAAUCAUCAUCAGGGGACCGCUAUGUUUGGAGCAGCCUUAAUGUAUAAUGAGACAGCGGAUUCGUUUGUCUGGUUAUUUGAAAUGUUCUUGAAAGCGAUGGGCGGAAAAGCGCCAAAGACAAUUAUUACGGAUCAAGACGCUGUAAUGGUGAAGGCUGUGAUGUUUCCGAUUUUCAAGUAUGGUGUUGCUGGUAAUAAGUGGCUUUCCACUUUGUUAGAUUUGAGACAUAAAUGGGCCCUGGCAUUUGUCAAACACGACUGGUCUGCAAGAAUGAGUAGCACAUUGUUGUCCGAUAAGCGGUACAAGGAGUAUGAAGCCGGGUAUGGCUUGGUGGAGAGGCAACCGGAACUAAAAACAAAGUGCCACAUAUUACGUCAAGCGGGGAAGGUGUACCCCAAGGCAAUAUUUCAGCUUUUCCAGGAGGAGUUUUUAGCUGCUCUUGCGAGUCAGGUUGUUAUUAGUUGCACUGACUUGGAUAAAAAUGGACACCAUGUUUAUAAAGUUGCUAGUAAGGACGGGGUGCAACAUCGUGUGAGCAGGACAUUUGAAGAUGAAUUGUCAUGCUCAUGUUGUAAAUUUCAAAGAGAGGGCUAUUUGUGCAGGCACAGUCUGAAAAUCCUUAAAAACUGCAUGUUUGUGAAUGAGUUGCCUUCGCGAUAUAUAAUAAAAAGGUGGACUAGAAAUGCUAGAGAUGGCAGGUUGGAGGAAAUUGUUUCCACUGACGUAAAUCCGGAUCCUCAACUUGAGAUUAGGCGACGACAUAGGACGCUUUGCCGUAUACUGACUGAAAUAUCUUCCAUUGCAUCGCACGACCCUGAAGGAUAUAAUGAUCUAUUAGCAAAACACUGGAUUGGAAAAGAACAGUACAAAUAA